GAGCCGCGCGCUCGGAGCAGCUCUUGCCGCCGCCGCCGCCGCCGCCGGUGCCGCUGCCCCCGUCGUCGCCGCCGCCUCGGCCUCGACUCCCGACCGGAGGCUGCCCUCGCCCUCAGCCGUCUCAGGCCUUUCCCGCCCUUCGCCCCGCCGGCCGCCGGCGCCUGGCUUCGACGCGGGGUCGCGAAGAUGGAGGUGCCGCGCUUGGACCAUGCCCUCAGCAGCCCCAGCAGCCCGUGUGAGGAGAUCAAGAACCUCAGCCUGGAGGCCAUCCAGCUGUGCGACCGCGAUGGUAACAAAUCACAAGACAGUGGCAUAGCAGAGAUGGAAGAACUCCCUGUCCCACAUAACAUCAAAAUAAGUAACAUCACAUGUGACUCCUUCAAGAUUUCAUGGGAGAUGGACUCCAAGUCAAAGGACCGCAUUACACAUUAUUUUAUUGACUUAAACAAGAAAGAGAACAAGAACUCUAAUAAAUUUAAACACAAGGAUGUUCCAACAAAAUUGGUGGCAAAAGCUGUUCCCUUGCCAAUGACUGUUCGUGGACACUGGUUUUUGAGCCCAAGGACUGAGUAUACAGUAGCAGUGCAGACUGCCUCAAAACAAGUUGAUGGUGAUUAUGUUGUAUCUGAAUGGAGUGAAAUUAUAGAAUUCUGUACAGCAGAUUACUCAAAAGUUCAUCUAACACAGCUGCUGGAGAAGGCUGAUGUGAUCGCAGGACGCAUGCUCAAGUUCUCGGUUUUCUAUCGGAACCAGCACAAAGAGUAUUUUGACUAUGUUAGAGAACACCAUGGGAAUGCUAUGCAGCCUUCUGUCAAGGAUAACAGUGGCAGCCAUGGCUCACCCAUCAGUGGAAAAUUAGAAGGCAUCUUCUUCAGCUGCAGCACUGAGUUCAAUACAGGGAAGCCACCCCAGGAUUCACCGUAUGGAAGAUACAGGUUUGAGAUUGCAGCAGAAAAACUUUUCAACCCCAAUACUAACUUAUACUUUGGGGACUUCUACUGUAUGUACACUGCUUAUCAUUAUGUGAUUCUUGUCAUUGCCCCUGUGGGAUCACCAGGAGAUGAAUUUUGUAAGCAGCGCCUUCCUCAACUAAAUUCCAAGGAUAAUAAGUUUUUGACCUGUACAGAAGAAGAUGGGGUGCUGGUGUACCACCACGCCCAGGAUGUCAUUUUAGAAGUCAUUUACACUGACCCUGUGGCUCUUUCUCUGGGCACGGUAGCAGAAAUCACUGGUCAUCAGCUCAUGAGUUUGUCUACUGCAAACGCAAAGAAAGAUCCCAGCUGCAAAACCUGUAACAUCAGUGUUGGACGUUAACGCCACUUGCGUAUUCUCCCUACCCUGUCUUCCCAUAGGAGCAUUGCCCUCUGUUGUUCAUUUUCCUCAGCAGAUGUCCCACUGAAGCAUGCAUAUGCCGCUGUCACCAAAAGCAAACUAUAUCAUUCAGAGCCUUUCCGUGUCUCCUCUUGCCCACCCUGUCCACCUCCAAUGAUGUCCCCAAGUUGUCCUGACACUUUGUUUGCCUAGAUGCUGCAAUGCUUUUAUGUUUCCUUUAUGCCAAACAUAACAAGACAGUUAUAUAGACCGCUUUAGCAACGUACAAAAUAAUGGCUUAUAAAUGGUGUUUAAAUAUGCAUCCAUUUUAAUCUACUGAAUAAAUAUUGGGAUAAUUCCAAACCGCAUGAAAGGGUGUAAUUGCAGCAUGAGUUAAAUCUUAAAGCCUAGAAUUGUCAACACUUCCACCUUGUUGUUUGACAGUGUUAUUUAUGUUAUUUAUAUUAGCUAACAAAACAGUUACUGUGCUUCAACAUAAUAAAUAUAAUAGAAAAAUA